UACAGUUAUCAGAAAACUUUCAAGUUAUCAGUUAACUUAUCGAAUGCAACGCCAGAAUCAAAAACGCCGCGAAGGAAAAGUUAAGAUCUAAAAUGGAGACACCACCUACACAAAGCAUGGCCAACGGCAGCCUGACCGACAUACAGAUGUAUCUGCACUUGGAGGCAUUGCGGCGCUUCAACGAGGACGCCCGGAACGUGAAGCGUCAGGUGGCGGAGCAAGCGCGUCUCUGGCUGGAUGCCAAGUGCGAAUACCAGCGGGAGUAUGCGCGCCUGGCCAACCUAACCAAGUGCAUUGCCAUGCGCGUGGCCCUGGACGCCAAGCGCCAGCCCGACGUGGAGAUAGGCAAACAGGCCGUAAAGGAUGUGGCCUAUAUGCGGGCCAAGAUCUCCAGCGACCAGCGUCCGGCCGCCAUUGACCCAAAAACGGUGGAACAUUGCCAGCAGCAAUUGGAAUCGUCGCACAAAUGCCGCCAGAAGCUCAGCCAACAGCAGAAGAACUUUGCCGAGAGCCAUGAGGCUCUCAGAGCCCUUCGGAUCGCCGUGGACACGCUGGAGAACGGUCUGGAGAUCGCCACCGUGCAGGCGAUGGACCAACUGGUGGCCCAACUCCUGCCCCGCCCGGAACCGGCGCGUAUAGGUCGCGAUUAGGUCGUGUCAUAAAUAUAUUUGGAAUAUAUACGCCAUUUAUACAAUUACAAUAGAUUUAAAAUUAAUUCUCUUUAAUGCCUAGUUUUCGAAGAAGC